GGGAGAAGGCACAGUUGCACCGUAUGAUGUCUCCUCUUUCCCGGCGCCUGCUGCUGCUCGUCUGCCUGACUUUACCCGUGAAUGGCGUGGAAAAGGUGAGAAGUAGAGGAUACCGAAAGGAUCCUGACGCUGAUAAGUAUGGCAGCUGCAUGCAGGGUCCAGCGGGAACCACUGGCAGAGACGGUAACCCCGGAACCAACGGCAUCCCGGGAACGCCGGGCAUUCCUGGACGUGACGGGCUCAAAGGCGAGAAGGGCGAAUGCAUUAGCGAAAUAUUCGAGGAACCAUGGAAGCCCAACUACAAGCAGUGUGCCUGGAAUUCCUUAAAUUAUGGGAUUGACCUGGGAAAAAUCGCUGACUGUACGUUCACCAAGUUGCGCUCAGACAGCGCCCUCCGAGUCCUCUUUAGUGGCUCCCUCAGACUCAAGUGCAAGAAUGCCUGCUGCCAGAGAUGGUACUUCACCUUCAACGGAGCGGAAUGCGUGGCGCCUCUGCCAAUAGAGUCCAUCAUCUAUUUGGACCAAGGAAGUCCAGAGCUCAACUCCACCAUCAACAUCCACAGGACAUCCUCAGUGGAGGGACUGUGUGAGGGUGUGAAAGCAGGGUUGGUGGACGUGGCCGUAUGGGUGGGGACCUGCGCCGACUAUCCGCGCGGUGAUGCAUCCACGGGGUGGAAUUCAGUUUCUAGGAUUAUCAUUGAAGAGCUUCCCAAGUAAAAAAAAAAAGUUACAUAAGAGGAACGGGACUAGCCCUGGUAGAGGAACGAUAUGAUAUCUGGCCUUCCCAAAUGAGCAGGUAUGGUUUGCCGAGGCCUCACAACAAUGACUGAUUGUAACUUGAAUGUUUUGUUGGGACGUUUUUUGAUUUGACAUUCCUUUUCCCAGGAAAAGAACAAAACAAACCUUUGUACUGUAACUUUUCUACUCACAGGUGCUGUUGGCAGUCAUUGCCCUUAUGUAUACAUGUACUCAUUCGACUUUUUAUACGCGCUAGUCUUGUCAAUAAAGUGAUCUUUU